AUGUCACAUAAGAGCUGGAUUUUUGAAACUCUACGCAAAUCAUCAACAGAUCUCGAUACUAUUGUUGAACAAGAUGAAUUAACGAAAUUUCGAAUCGAAUAUACAUCAGGUGCUGUUAAAUAUACAUAUCGAUCUGCAUCGCACAAAAAAUUUCCAUCGUGCGCUAUGCACAUACAAGCAAAACAAUUGAGCAUGACCGAUGUCGAUACAUUUGAAAUAUCCAAAUUCGGUAAACAUGAUCAUGAAAAGCGAGCGUUGACAACGCGCAGUCCAUCACCUAUUAGAGAAGAUAUCAAAACGUACGACGAAUAG